GUGCCAGUCUAGGGUGACGUUUUCCAAGCAUCCGAAUCUGUUGACUGAGCAUGAACACAAUGAAACAAGUGACAUUUGUUCAUGAAAAAGCCAUCUCUGCCCCCUCUUGUCUGUCCACUGCAGGUGAUAAAGGAAGUCCAGGAAUUCUACAAGGACACGUACAACAAGCUCAGAGAGGGCAAGGAUGAGCUCCAGCGGGAAACACUGAAAGCCAUCCACACCGCCUUGGACUGCUGUGGUUUGGCUGGAGGAGUGGAACAAUUUAUCUCAGACAUCUGCCCCAAAAAGGACGUACUCUCAACUAUAACGCUGAAGCCCUGCCCUGAGGCCAUUAGAGAUGUCUUCGAGAACAAGUUCCACAUCAUUGGCGCUGUGGGCAUCGGGAUUGCCGUGGUGAUGGUGAGUGUCAAGGACGCGGAAGGGAGCGGUCCUGUUAGUGGUAAACAUGAGGCAUGUGCUCUGGCCAGGUACUGCUUUAACUCAUCAACUCAUUUAUCAGCUAAUACAAUCCUUGCCAUACCUAUGAGAUGGUAGGGAAUGGAAAGACAG